AUGGAUGUAGUUGCGAGUAACACCGAAAAUGGAACCACCGCAGAAAAAGCGCACAGUGACUCAGAGAACACCGGAAGCCAUGACUUCUUAAAUGUCGGCUUUUCAAAUGGUGAAUCCCAAACGAGCGAUAAAAACGCCGUUGCUGCAUCACCUUUCAAACAGAGCAAAAUCGCUGGAACCAGUGAAAAACAUGAUAACGAGCUUGCUUUGAGUCACGAUUCUCAGCCAGCUAAUUCAUUAAACAUGUCUGGUGAUGCAAAUAAACAGCAGGAAUCUGCAAUUGAAAAUGAUUACGUUUCUACUGCCAUUGAUACCACCGAGACUUCUGAAUUAACAAGUGAAGGCAAAGUUUUUAGUGACUUGGAAAAAACUCAGACAUUUGAUAGUUGCGCUCACGCUGAUCAAAGUACUUUUAACUACAACCCUGAUCCUCAAUGUCAAUUACUGCAUAUUAAAAAUCAGGCUACAGAAAGUCCAGUAGAGGCGUCCCUUAUAACAUUUUCACGAAACACGGGUGGCUCCAGCAAUUUGGAAGCGAAACAGACUCAAAUGGAAAAAAUGUCGACACAGAUUAAUUAUCCUGAGAACCCGCCUGUCUCGGAAGGCACUAAAACAGACAGACUGUUUUCUGCGAUAAAAGACUCUUCCAAAUUUUAUAAUAAAAAUGAAAGUACCCCUUACUGGUGCUUCAAGUUCGAAAUUGGUGUCGAGGCUCUAAACCACGGUCUGAGUACUCCCGUAUACUGCGGUGUUUUAGUUCUCACGAAGAAAGAUAAAAUUACAAACGGUAAAUUCUUUCCUGGAACCAAAGUUUCCCACGAUAACGUUAACUCCAAAUUGCAGAUGGAAGUAGUUGUUCCUAAAAAGGAAAUCUCUGCGAACAGAAAGUUCUCUUACUCAUAUGCUAUAUCCGAGAGUAAAGAUUGUAAUGUGUUUAAAAACAACCCGGAAUUAUUGGCGAGACAGCAGAAAUCCAGUGAAGUUACGGUGAGUGAUUUAAAAAAGAAUGAGAAAGUAAUUGACGACAGAAAUAAAGAUAUAAGCUUUAAACGAUGUGACUCGAAAUCUGCAGCGAAAACAUCAGUGAAAGUUACCAGACGCACGUUGCAAGAACUAGCGGAAACAAAAGAUAUCUCAAAAGAUGUGGAAGAUAACGACCAAGAUGAAUCUGAAACGAGUGAUGCUGAUGAUCAAAAUAACUUCAAUCGAAACAAGUCAGUGGAAAAUAGAUUCUCUUUGCAGGACAUACUUUGCAAUUCGAAAAGAGACAGUUUGCACGAUGAUAGUGCUCACAAAUUCACAGAAAUAAACGUGAUAGUUGGAUCGGAUCUAUGUUCGUUUGGGCAGAAAAAACUACUAGUCGGUGUCCGAACUUCUUUAGACAAUUUCAAGAAAACGACCCCCGGUCAUAUUGUCGGAUCAAUCGAGGACUACGUUUGGAUUCGUGUUUUAAUUGAAACUGGAAGCCAUUGGAAGUUUGACUAUAAGUAUGUUGCCGAAAAUCCGAAAACGAAAAAAUUCGAAUGGGAACAAAUGCACCAGGAUGGUGAAAUUAAUAGGCGCAUAAGUCAACUUAACGGCAAGAAAAUUAUCAAGUACGACGGACUGGUCUCGUUUUUUGCCCAAUCUGAUCUUAAGAAAUCGGAAGGUUGGUUUUCUAAAGUUGUCGGAUUCUUUAAGGAAAGCACUGAUAAGCGAAAGACUUAUUAUGGAUCACAAAACUCUGUAGGCUUGGGAAUCUAUUUGAGAUAUCUUUUCCAGCAGCUUCUUAGCAAUGAAAUUGACGUUGAUGCUUUUAGAAAAACCAGUUUGUUUGUCUUGAAAACGUUGUCACAAAUAAACGCUGGUACUUCCAAUUAUAUGAGCACGCUCGAGUUGAUGUCUGUCGAUGAAAUAAUUCUAACAGUUUUCAAACUUUUCCUACUUAUUUUUGACACUUACCAAAUUAGCGGCGAAUUUACAGAAUCACAUGAAUGUCAAAUGGCCAUAGUGGCUCUCUUCACUCUAAUUGAAGCAUAUGAUCUCUCUAUUUCGGCUCUUGAUUCUGUUUCUGAAGACGUCUACGAAAAGUUUCUUCGGUCGGCUUUGUUUCUUACUGAUGCUUCCGAACAUGCUCUUGCCGAUCACGUCUCACAAGCUUCUUCGUUGAAUUCUGCAAUCAAAAAUGUCUGUUCUAAAUUGCUGAGUGUCAAAGCGAUUCAGAAAAACAAACUGUACCCAGUUUUAAUCGAAUGGCUCACAAUGAACGAAAAAGCCAUUUUCAUUAAUUUAAACUAUGCGCUGAAGGUCAAUACAGAGGUUGUUGAAAGUCUUCGUAGUUACUACACAUCGAAAAGUACUAGAAGACAGCUGUUGCUGGUGUAUUUCAGACAAAACUGGACGAGUUGCGAGCUAAUCAAAAAUCUUAACUUACCAGUCGAUGAAAUAGUGAAUUGUUAUUACUACCGUCUCUCUCGUGACUCCAAUAACGGAACACAAUUGAAACAAAACAAAUUUAUCUGUCUGAUGAAGAGUCUUCUAAUAACAACUAGCGAGGAAUUGGAGAUACAGUCAGAAACAGCGAUUGACUUUUUGGAAAACUGUGGAAGAUUGCUGAUGCUCACAGCCCGAGAACCAAUGUACAGUCCCCAAGUCAAGUGGUGCAACACUGUUAUAGCAAUCAUUUUAGACUUCAUGGAAUUAUUUGAGAGUCGUGGUAUUGCGUUCGCAGAGCUCGAGGGAAAGUUCUCCAUUUCAGAUUUUGCAAAAAAAUUGGGCAAUUACUUGAAUAAAGCCAACUUACAGCUGAUUUGUGUGACACAAAAUGAGAUAGUUGAAUGGGGAUACCUUCUGCGCACGCGAAAAAGUUUCUCAAACUACACGCGAGAAACUGUGGAAGCGAUCAUUAAAAAAAUCAUUCUGGGAAUUAUCGACCGAAAACUGAUGGGGGGAGAUCUUCACCGUUUUUAUUUAACCCUUUCGGAUAUGCUUAAUGUUAUUGAAAAAGACCAAAAGGACUUCGAUAGAAGUGGAGUUGAGGGACUAUUCGAGGAAGCAAUUAUAAAUAGUCUCAAACAUUUUAUGGAUUUCAACAGCAGAAGUGAUUACCAAAUAGAUUUGAAUGACAUUGCGAAAUGGUCACCGGCACUCGAAAUUGCUUUCGUGAAAAUUGCAUCGGAAAAAUUACCUGUCAUAAACACUUCACUAAGCGCGCACGAAGUUAUGUUCAAAAUGCUGGACUGGAAACCGUUUAUUCCAUUACUUCAUCUGGCCCGUCAAAGUCCAAAGACGGAAGCGUAUUUUCAGGAGCCCUUCUGGAUAGUUCGUGAAAGCUUCAAUCAUGUAUUCGAGGAACUUGAAUGUGGAAACGUAUCUUUCACAUUUUACAGCAAAUUAUUCGACCUGAGUACAGUGUUUAAAAACAUUUGUAUGAUGAUGCUACCAGCGAAAGCUGAAGACAUAGAACGCAAAAUGCAGAAAUGCAAUUCCCUUUGCAAAUCCAUUCAAUCAAGCUUCGAAAAAAUCGUAAAGCUGAAAGAACUAAUUAACAAAUUAAGGACACAAAAUAUCGAAAUCGACAUGAAGGAACUAGAAAGAUCUACGGAAGACUGGCAAAAUAAACCCCUGAAAAAGUUUGCAGAAAUCGACCGUAGAGGAAAUGUUACUCUUACUGUUCCAUCUCUACUUGACUCCGAGUUAACUUCGCUCGAAACAUUCACGAAGUAUAUGAAAAGCCGCAUUUUUUCAAAAAUGACUUUCAAAGAGGUACAGCGGUCUUGCCUGGAUGAAAACCAUUUAUGCACGUACAAACAAUUGCUAAAUGAACUUUUAGCAGCUGUUCGGUCAAAAUAUUUGCGCAUUGCUGAUUCUUUAGCAAGUGGCGACAUCAUAGCGGAAACAGCCCAACGGCGAUUCAAACAGUAUCGUGAAAAUGAGAAAAAAGAAGAAAUUCACUUCAUGUUUGAGUUUUUGACAGAAAGCGUGAAUGAUGAAAAGAAUAAAGACGAGCUAAAGGCAGUGAAAGAUAUUCGAAUGGUUCAAGUUUUGAAGCUGGAUACUUUGCGAAAAAAUAAAGACUUCGUGCAGGCUCUUUUGGACUUGAAGGAAGUGCUGGGAAUUGAAAAUCACUUCGCAGUUCUGGAUACUCUCUCAAAAUUGGACAAUCUGCAGGAAGUGCUGCUGAAACAGUUAGACGACACAAUUCUGAAAUGCAACAAAGACUUCGAAGACAUAAAGCCGGCUGAAAUUGAUUCAAUCAAAGCAUUCGUGGAGCAGACCGCUUUCCUGGGUUGGAUCCGCGAUAAAAUGCACACAAGUGGCGACAUCAUAGCGGAAACAGCCCAACGGCGAUUCAAACAGUAUCGUGAAAAUGAGAAAAAAGAAGAAAUUCACUUCAUGUUUGAGUUUUUGACAGAAAGCAUGAAUGAUGAAAAGAAUAAAGACGAGCUAAAGGCAGUGAAAGAUAUUCGAAUGGUUCAAGUUUUGAAGCUGGAUACUUUGCGAAAUAACAAAGACUUCGUGCAGGCUCUUUUGGACUUGAAGGAAGUGCUGGGAAUUGAAAAUCACUUCGCAGUUCUGGAUACUCUCUCAAAAUUGGACAAUCUGCAGGAAGUGCUGCUGAAACAGUUAGACGACACAAUUCUGAAAUGCAACAAAGACUUCGAAGACAUAAAGCCGGCUGAAAUUGAUUCAAUCAAAGCAUUCGUGGAGCAGACCGCUUUCCUGGGUUGGAUCCGCGAUAAAAUGCACACUCUGCAAGACGUAAAAGUGGUGGUGGAGUUAGCUAGUAUGUCUGCCGGUGAAGUCCAGUAUGACCUAAACAAGGUCAAAUGUUUCCACGAUGCUGUGUUUGGCUAUGCACCCUUCAUCUACGAACUCAACUCAAAGAGUGACUGGGAUGACGUGAAAUCCGCUUACGGAAAAGUAUUCGCAAAACUUGAGAUGGAUCCAAGUUUGCCCGAAAAGUAUGGAGACAGCGCGCGACAUUUGUCGUGGAUCGAAAAAGCACUUGAAAAUCAAGGUUCAGUCGAAAAAAGCUCCCUGGAGAAGGCGUUCCAAAUAAAUAACACAGGUGUCUAUAUAGUGAGAUAUUCUCCCCAAUCGGAACGAAACCGAAAAGUCCUAAUCGAGCCUGAAGAUGCAGUGAUGUUGCAUUACAAAGAAGAAAUGAAAUCAGCUGACAGUCAAGUGACCGAAGAAAACCGAGAGUUGAAUUUAGCCGAAUUGCGAGAUCUUCUCAGUCGGCUGAUGCUGAUAGUCGGCAAAGAGAAACACGAACAUGCUCAAAGUGUUGAUAUAUUCAUCACGACGUUCCAGAACAUUGAACGGCUUUCAUCUUCAUUUGUGACUUUGUACAAUUCUGGGUGUGAUUUUUUCAAUGCUUGGUCUGCUCACAUCAGAACAAAAUUGGACAAGAAAACACUUUCUGCGCUGGAGAUCAAGUUGGGAGAAACAGGGAAAAAAUUGUACUCAAAUACCAGAGAGACGAACCUGGAACUUUCAGAUCUCUGUAUUGCGUUGGAGUCUAUUAAAGAGAAAUGGGAACAGUACGUUUUUGCCAUGCGGUGCCGACUCCCAAUUUUGAACGAAUUCAACAUGCAACAACUGAGUUCCCUUUGCUCGGGACUGGCAAAACUCAAACGCAACACAACACAGAUUGACGAAGCUACGAAAUAUUACUUAGAGUCCAUCGACCCAAAUAUCAGCAAGGACGACAUUGUUCAGUUCCUGUAUGAAGAUUAUGAUGACAAAAACAUGGAAACCGAAGACAGUGAUUCCCUUGACAUACAGAAUCAGCCAAUUGCCUUAGACGAACUUACAGGUAAAGCCCACGUGGACGAAAGAAGUGCUUGGCUCAAUUUAAUUGAUAGCUUAAAGAGCCAAUUCAAAGACAAUGAAAAUCUAGCCAAGGCUGGAAUCCAAGCGAUUCGAGAUACGACCGAUGGCUCAUGUGAAAAUUGCGAUGAAGGUGAUGCUGUGAAUUGGAUCAUGGAUCACGAAGACCAGGAAGAGAUCAUUGAGAACUUAUCGCGGAAGUUUGAAGAUCAUUUUGGUUCCCUAGAUAGAGCUGAAACUACUGGAACCGGUUUGGACAAAAGUGGAAACAAAAUGGAUCUCAGCAAUUUUGCACAGUCGAUGGAACAUGUUUUUGACAAAUAUUUAUCAGGCAUGAAAGAAAACUCCUUGGAAAAUUACGUGAAUCUUUUCCAACUUGGGUACGUCCUGAAUAGGUGCCUGGAAAAGAAGCUGGAUCAUGAAAACACACCUGUUGAUUUGAACUAUCCUGAGCAUCUGAAACUGGGGAAACCAAAUUUGGUAAUUUGUGAAAAGCGCUCUGACAUUCUUCUCUACAUUAUGUCAUUGUACAAUUUCAUCGCAAAGCAGAAAUUACCGGACUAUAACCAAGUUUUGCUAUGCAGUGCAACAACGUCUGUUGCGGAAGUUGAAACCUUCAUGCUCCGUGCUAUGCUGGAACCCCGAAAUAAAGUGUACUCAAUUGCUUUUGCAGACGAUCUUAGUCCUACGUGUGCAGAUCAAAUGGGGAAAUUGUUGUUCGAAAAAAUGAAGGAUCCGAGGCCAUCCUACAAGUUGAUAGUGUUUAAUUGUGACGAUAGUAGCCAAGUAUCGGUGGCGCUGGAGAAGUUUAAAGCGAGGUUUGUAAAAGAGUCGGAAGAUGACUUGAGAAGCUAUUUGUGUGGCAACUUGAGGGCAGCCGAGGAUGCUAUAGACACUUUCAGAGUCCGAUUGAUCAGUUCGACGCAACCGUCUUCAGGAAAAUCCUUGCAUGUGGACCGCUUGGAGAGAGAGACGAAAAGGAAACACAGAGGGAGCUCCCGUGUCAUCCUCCGUCUCUAUGAUCGAAACGUGGACUUCGAAAGAGUGCUGGACUUCCUAUGGCGACACAAAUCUGUAGCUGUUCACACCAUCAUUCAUUUGGACGUGUCGCCUAAUGUGAUGGAAAACGUGGACGAAUUGCUGUUCAAACUUUGUGUGCUGGGCGGCCUGGCAGAUGAGAGGGGAAAGCUGUUCCUAGCCAAAGACAAUUUCUGUCUGGCCAUCGAAAUGCUGACGCCGCAGAAUUCAUCUCCUUGGAAGCCCCUCUGCAGUUUAAUGCCAUGUACAGUGUGUCUGUCGCCCAACCAAUGUCUCCAGGACAACGAGGCGGAAAAUAAUUUCAAGCGCAUCAUUGGCCCAGAUCCAAUUCUCAUCCAAAGUCCAGAAUUCCAAAGAUCAUAUCACUAUCUAGACGCCUUCAAUCAAAACAGAGAUCUGUCUUUUUAUUCUUACCAAGGCGAAAUGCAAGAUGGCCGCUUAGUAAUUGAUGUCAUCAAGCGAAACAGUGGGCUCAAUAAUCCGACGUGGGCGCAGCUGUCUUUCUUUGCUAGGUUCUUGAAUCUGCAGUUAAUUGCUUGCGAACAGAACUUCUUUGUCAGAUCUGGAGAGUUCGAAGGCUUCAAAAACUUCUACGUAAAACACUGCCUAAUUGCAAUGGCACAAGACUUUGCACUGCCUAGUUUAAGCAUCGCUGACAACUCGCCUCUUUUUGGUCUGAACGAAAGUGAGACAAACUACGAAGUUCAUCAAAUUCGAAGAAGUUGGGAGAACUGUCCACAUCCUUAUGUUUUUAUCAAUUCAGACCAAAUGACCUUCACAUUCUUAGGCGUCUGCAUUACUAAUUCUAAUUUACAAGAUUGGAAAGGAAAUGUCUUAGCCAGAAAUGUUAUGAGUGCUGAUCUUCAGCAAAAGAUAAAGCGACAGGCUUUCGAUGAAAGGGACGUUUUGGACGAAAACUUUGACGAGCUUCAAGUUAACGUGAAACAAAUGAAACUCUGUCGAGUCUUGGGGGUCGAGCCAAACCGAAUCCGCUUCGAUCCAACGUAUGAACUUACCCAGGAUAAUGUCAUGAAGCUGUUGGCUAUUUACAUGCGGUUUAGAUGCAACAUUCCAGUGGUUAUCAUGGGCGAAACUGGUUGUGGAAAGACGAGGUUGAUCGAGUACCUUUGUAACAUUAUGGCUAGAGGAGAGAAUGUGGAAAACAAGAAGUUCGUGAAAGUCCACGGUGGAGUUACAAUGCAAGACAUCGUGCAAAGCAUAGAAGAUGCUGAAAAGUUAGCAAUCGCAAACACGCGAAAAUUUGGAGAGGGAUUUUACACCGUCCUGUUUUUUGAUGAAGCAAAUACAACAGAGGCGAUAUACGGAAUCAAAGAAGUGAUUUGUGAUUUCAGUGUCAAUGGCCGAAAAUUGGACCCUGACUCGGGACUGAAAGUCAUUGUUGCUUGUAACCCGUACAGAAAACACAAUGAUAAAAUGAUCAAGAAACUUGAGUCCCAAGGACUGGGAUACCAUGUCAAGUCCAGUGAAACAAAAGACAAGCUGGACUCCGAUAUCCCGAUGCGUCACCUUGUCUACCGAGUGAACCCGUUGCCGCCGAGUUUGUUGCCGCUCGUCUGGGAUUUUGGUCAACUGACUAGUGAAGUUGAGAAUAAGUAUAUCAAGCAGUUAGUGUCAAAGCGAGCUGCCGAUAUGCGUCUCAUUGAAGCCGAUGUCGAUUUCAUCUGCAAUCUUCUGAGCCGUUCGCAGAAAUUCCUACGAGAAAAUCGAGACCAAUGUCUUUUUGUGAGUUUGCGAGACAUAGAAAGGGCCAUGGCGGUCCUGCAAUUUUUUUACUCGAAAAAAGAGACACUUUUAGCUAAGAUGGAUGAACUGGAUCCGAAUUACAACAGCGAAGAUGAAGAUGAUGAUGAAAACGCACCAGAUGCCAUUAAUGAGAUAGCUCGAUUGAUGAUUCUAACACUUGGAGUCUGCUAUCAUUCGUCUUUAGAGGAACGAGUAAAGUAUAGAAAGACAAUCACCGGGUCUUUCAAAGGUCCCUAUAAAUUACCCAAUGGAGCCAAAACUAUUUUGAACGAACUGGAAGUUUGCAUGCAAGUGUUUUUACAAAACAUUCAUCUAGAUGCUAAAGCAAACAUUGCCAAGAACCUGGCGUUGACCGAAAAUGUAUUCAUGAUGAUAAUUUGCAUCGAGCUAAGAAUCCCGUUGUUCCUAGUAGGGAAACCGGGCAGCUCAAAAUCAUUGGCUAAGACGAUUGUCAUUGAUGCUAUGCAAGGAGAGAGUUCCAGGAAUGAAUUCUUUCAGAUGCUGAAACAAGUUCAGAUGCUCUCAUUUCAGUGUUCACCUCACACGCACGCAGAUGGUAUCAUCAGUAUCUUUAAACAAGCAGCACUGUACCAGAAAGGCAAGAAUUUGAAGCAGUUUGUUAGCGUGGUUGUCCUGGACGAAAUCGGAUUGGCGGAAGAUUCGGCUAAAAUGCCGUUGAAGACCUUGCAUCCUCUUUUGGAGGAGGGGUACGUCGAAUCCAAAUCAGAGAGGCAAGACUGGGGAAAAGUAGGCUUUGUGGGGAUUUCGAAUUGGGCCCUUGAUCCAGCCAAAAUGAACCGGGGAAUUUUAGUCAGUCGAGCUAUUCCGAAAUCAGUGGAACUGGUCAAAAGUGCGAGUGGUAUAUGCAGAGUAGAAAUUGACGGUAAUCUACUGGAAAAGUUCAUUCAGCCAUUGGCCGACGCUUACGAAAAGGUAUACAAAGCUCAAAUUAAAGAUGGACACGCCGAAUACUUUGGGUUGCGAGAUUUCUAUGGAUUGUUGAAAAUGCUCUACAGGGCGCAGAUGACUCAACCCCAGAAAACUCUGAGGUGGGACACUGUUCGAUGUGCGAUUAGACGAAACUUUGGAGAGAAGGAUUGCCGAUAUUUGCUAGUUUUUGCGGAUGAGUUGAUGAAAAAGCAAGCAUUUGAAGAUGCAAAUGUAGGCGAUGUUGAAACUUUGGAGUUGGUUCAUCAGAACAUCAAAGAGGCGGAAGAACGAUCAAAACUGACUGAAGAAGAUAGAAACUUAGACAACGAAAGUCGAUACCUGCUGCUGAUGACGGAGAACUUUUCGGCACUACAACUGUUGCCUCAGGUCUUGAAACUAGAAGAGUACGAGGUCAUUUUUGGUUCAUCAUUCCCCCAGGAUCAAGAAUAUAUUCAAGUGUGCAAGAACAUCAACAGAAUAAAAGUUUGCAUGGAAACAGGAAAGACGGUUGUGCUUCUGAAUUUGAGACCCCUCUACGAGUCCCUUUACGAUGCUUUGAACCAGUAUUAUGUGUACUACGGAGGAAAAAGGUAUGUUGAUCUUGGCUUAGGGUCCAAUCGUGUCAAGUGUAGUGUCUCUGAGAACUUCCGGCUCAUUAUGAUUGAAGAAGAAAAAAUUGCCAGAAAUUUCCCUAUUCCCCUUUUGAACCGUCUGGAAAAACACUUCCUGGGAAUGGAAUCAAUACUCAGCACAAAAUUGGUUAAGUUACGACAAAAACUAUCGCAAAACUUGAUGGAGUUUUCGAAUGUUCCGAGAACCGACAAAAAAGGCUCUUCAUUCCAUGUCCGCGACGCCUUUGUGGGUUACCAAAAAGAUACGAUUUCCUGUGUUUUAAUCCAGGCUGAAAAUGACAUCUCUGACGAGGUGACGAAUGAACAAAUUCUGGAAGCAGCCAGUCUUAAACUGGUUCAAACAUGCUCGAUUGAUGCUAUUAUUCGAUCAAGCUCCGACGUCUCAUUUUUCAACUCACAUGACCUGAAAGAAAUUUACAGCUCUCAGGGACGCAAUAGUUUGUCUGACUUUUUGUGGCAGCAGUGCUACAACAAGAAAUGUAAAUCCCCCUUGAUAGAAGUUUCAACCUUCUGCCGAAUUCCAUCGUCCAAAAACAUGAAAGACUGUAAUCUGACCCUGAUGCAAAGAGAGCAGACGCUAGUGUCACAAGAGAGACAUUUCGUGGUUAAUUUGAAUGUAUUCAAAACUGAAAUCGAGUUCGCCGAAAGAGUGAAAGACUUUUACCGAAUGGCGGCUAAGCAUCCUGAUGUGACAAAACUACUUUUUGUCACAUGCUCAAGAGGUCAAAAGUUUGUCCCGCUUAUUGCGUCAGCAAAAUACAAACUGCAGAAUUUGCAUACUGAUUGCAAGGUUCCAAACUUAUAUUCUUUGUUCAUAGUUGAGCUCCCGAGGAAUUGGUACGAGUCAGACUACAGUAGCUUCUCAGUUGGCAAGUGGGAAAGUUUCCACAUCGAUGAGCUCCUAAGAGACGAAGAAUAUCAAGUUCUGUCUGACGUUGCUAUCUCUCAAGGUCAGACGUUGAAAGAUCUGUUUGUCCUUGAAAACGGAGAGUGCACUAAAUUCCAGAAAAAGUUGCUAUGUGAAGUUGUAUACGAGGCGAUUGGCGAUGCGGACGAAGGCGAUAAAGUUCAAAGAGUGAUAAAUGUUUCACAAUUGUUUGAGCUACACCAUGUUCCAAGUUUGGAGAUACUUUUCUUGGAAAAAGCGAGUGCUUUCAUCGAGGAAUCAGAAGAAAAGGAACAGAUUAAAGAAUGGGUCGCACAGAAAGCGGCUAACUUGCAAGAUUUGAUUGUGGCAGGAACAAUAGAGAACGCCUUGUUCAAAGAACUCCAAGCGAAGAUAAAACCUCAUUUGGCGGAUUUCCUGAAGCUGAUCGACUUUAACAACAACAUUAAACUGUUAUUUGAAGCAAACUGGAGGAAAGAAGCCUGGAUGAGACUUUUCACCGUGAAAGAACUAUGUCGACUCAGACCUCAAAACCCGAGAGAAGUCAAAUUUGAUUCUAGGUUUCCGUUCAGUUCUGAAAUUAUUGACAAAUUGAACUCAAUGUGGAUCGAUUCCCUGGAAAAUUUUGCCGAUUCUGAGCUCGAAGAUUGGCAGUUUUUUGUGGAAAGGUUUAACAAUCAGGGAAGGGAACUUGGAAAUGAGUUAACUGAGAUUUCAAGCGAAGAAGAUGCAGUCGAUUCAUUUCUUCACGACUUGAUCUUGUACGAGUUUUGGUCAAUGUGGAAAAACAAAUAUGUUCAAGCCGAACAUGUGAAAGUUAUCAAAAAGGCACUAAAAUCAAUCAUGAAGAGUAACUUGCCCGAAUUCGAAAACCCUACAAUAGCUUUUGCUUUUGCGCACUUCAUGAAGCUUUUGCCUUGUCUGCACGCUAUAUCCCCAAUUCUGAAGUAUUUCGGAUCAUUCAAAAUUGGAAACCCGGAAACCCAUGAGCAGUUCGUUUCCAUGAUAACUCGAACAGCUCUAGAACAAACUAAAUCGAUGGCUGAAAAACUGAAGCCGGUCAACAUUGAUCGUCAAACGAUCCAAGAGCUAGACCAACAAGUGUCCGUUUUGAAAAUGUGCUCUGGAAUUGAACUCGAUGAUGAUAAAUUCAAACUCAAGAAAUUAACAAUGCUUUCAACCUAUAUAUCACAGAUUUCGCACAAUCUUGACGAUGCAACUGCCAAAAUGGCAUGUACAGCUUCCGAUACGCUCUAUAAAGCUGUGAGUUCAAAAAAUGCAGAUGAAUCAAUUUUCGGAACCGAUAGUUUUCGAAACCGAUUGCUCUUUUGCUUGAACCGAUCCGCAGACACAGUUAUUCAACAUUGCGUCGAGGCAGAAACUGGUGACAGAGACUGCGCAUUUUGCAGAAAACCAGUUACUGCAAAAGGAGCAAUCCCUUUCUCACUUCGAUGCAAUGGAGGUCACGCAGUGCAUGAGUCAUGCUUGACUGAGAGAAUGGAAAGUAUUACUCAAGGCGAAACGGUCACGUGCAGGUUCUGCCAGCAGAGCCUCGAUUUUGAGUUUUUACAGGCGAGUACAAUGUUUUCGUGUCAAAUUGAGCCUCAAAAAUUGAUUUGGAAACAGUUUUGGAUGAAUAUUUCGAAUGUUUUUCUUGCAAUCGUCAAAGAAAACGUGAUCGCAAUUUGCGAAGAAGAGACGCUCAAAAAUUACUUGGAAAUUUGCGUUGCUCCUAAGAGUAGAACUAGCAAAAAAGACACGGCUUGGAUCACAGAUCAGACCAGACAAGGUCUUCUGACAUUAAUUGCGACUAGCGAAAAGGGUGAAAAUUUGGACAAAAUUCUAAUGACGAUUAUAAACGAGGACAACGAAAUAGGUGCCAAUGAAAUUGAUCUAGGCCCAACAUACGAUAUGCUUCUGUCAAUUUUCGAGUACGUUUACUUCAAUGAAAGUCUUCAGGUUACGGAUGAUCUUAAUCGCGAAGAAAUUUCUACCGUUAAUCAAAUCCGAUUAGUCGCCGAGGUAAAAAUUGCACUAUCAAAUUUUAUCAUCAAAUCAGUUGUACCCAAUGCUUAUAAAGGACCCCAAGCAUUCACAGACCCAAUUCCUAUGUUAGUUAGAGAAAUUUUAAACGAUGCAGGAGAGAGCGCCGAAUGCGUUAAGCGAUACUUCAUUCAGUGUUUAUGCCGUGGUCAUGGAAUGGACCUGUACCAGCGCGUAAAGACAUUCCCCCAACUUGCUCCCCUGGUCCCACAAAUUUUGCUCACUUCACAGAGCCAAGGAUUUUCAGAUAUUUUCCUCAUCUUUAGAGGCGCAUAUCAGACGCCCUUCAGCGAGGUAUAUACUAGUUUGGUCACCGAUGCUAACGAAGGUCUUCAAAGACUUAGUCUAGUUAGGGACGUACAUAUGAAAAACAUAGUGGCCUACCGCUUACUCGCAGAAAUAAGGUCGAAAGAAAAUCGACCAGAGAGCUUUGCUCAGUUUGAGGAAGCGAUUAUGGCAAAUACAGUAAUACAAGGUUUAAGUAGAAGUGUGAUCGAUAGAAAUGAUAGACUCGCCCCAAACAUGGACGUUUUGAGGCAGUUUCUGUUUUAUUAUCAGACAUUUUUGGAAUUCCAAGAAAACUGCGGGUGCUUGCAACCGUUCAAGGGCAUCUUCACUGCUCCUGGAAGAGCAGAUGGACUUUACUUACCGACGUUUCCAGAUAGUGGAACUAGACGUGCUAGAUUGAUGGGGCAAGCAAUUGGACAAGGCUUCACUACUUGGAACCAAUGUGCAAAUGGUCAUCUUUACAUGAUUGGUGAUUGCGGACAAGCUGCUAUAGGCGGAACAUGCCCAGACUGCCGAGCUCCUAUUGGAGGAGCUGGGCAUGCCUUACAUGCCGGUAAUCGAUUGGUGGGAAACCGCGAUGCCAAUAUCAACGUCACAAACGGUCAGGUAGUUACUGGCUAUGUACAUAACCACAAUUUGAACGUCUUCGACAGAGCUUUUCUUAAUGAGUUUAAUGGAAAUGUGAUGCAAUUUUUUGUUCACGCCACAUUGUACAUCUGUAACGGUGACCAAGAAAUGCUUGCAAGAUUGCACACAAAUGUGCGAAACAUUGCCAGGACUUCUCUCAACAGAAGUGAAGAAGAUGCUUUGAAGUUCCUCUUGACUGUUGUGAUUGAUUCUACGAAUAAAAAUAUACAGGGAUCGCUUGCAAGUGAGGAGCAGCGCGAAGCAUGGGAAGCGAAUUUCAUAAACAUCAUCAACAACACGCUGCAAAAAUUGCAUAAUGUCAUUGCUACUUAUGAUGAGGCGUUCAAAAAUGAUUCGAGAAACGAAUCCAGUAACCUUCUUGAAGUGUUAACUGAAAGAACAGAAAGAGGCACUGAUGAUAAUGUUCUCGCUUACGGAAAAUUUUGGCGAAGACUCCCAAAAGUCAGUUUGGCGAGCGUGCGGAACGAAUUGAAUGCGAAUGGUGAAAAUUACAAGUUGCUUGAUUGCAUAUUCAAGAACAAAGAAUGGCUGCCAAAACUCCGCCAUGUUCCUGAUUUAAUUGAGUUUUUCAAUAACAUUGUAUCAUACUAUGAUCCGGACACCUUGCAUAGCGUAGUGACGCUGGACAGUUUCCUCAGACAGCGAAAAAUCCCCGAACAAGUGAGAAGAAAGAUGAAAGAGGUUUCUAUGGUUUUCUGCAAACUAUGGAAUGAAGAAAUAAGACAUAUGCCAACAACCGGAGGCAUCGACUGCUUGUUUAAAGAAAAACUGAAACUGGACUCUUCUCUGAAGUACUUCCUUCCUUCUCGUCACGUGAGCGACUGCUGUGCUCUGGUCACUUUGAAUAUCUUGGUGAACAAAAACAACGAGUUCAUUGAAGCGUAUAGAUCGGCUCUUCACAUUGAAACCCCCGCCAUGGAAUUGAAUAAUGGAGUUGUGAAGGGUGAACAUGUCGUUUCGGUUUCCAAUGUUGACCGGGAGUUGCUGUCGGUGAUUGCGAACUUCGCCACCGCGGAUGCACAGGCAGAGAGCGUGCACUAUGAUCUGAGUGGAAUAGAAGGAACAAUUGGACACCACCUGUUCAAGUUCAAGCCCCUCAUCAGCAUGAAGAUUAUGAAGCUGAUGACAAAAUCUUCGAGCACAAAAGACGCACUCAACAAUGCACGAAACUGCAUCGUGGAUGAAACGGUAAUUUAUCUGUGA